GGGAGAGGAGAAGGAACGAUGGAGUGGACGAGCGACGAAUCCUUUCUGCAUUAGCGUGGUUUUUUUUUUGGGGGGUGGGGAGGGGGGAGGUGUUGGUGGUAUCGAGAUCUGUAAGGAAGCAGAUAUAUCGAUAUGGGGAGGGGGAAGGUGGAGCUGAAGAGGAUCGAGAACAAGAUAAACAGGCAGGUGAGCUUCGCAAAGCGCCGCUGCGGGCUGCUAAAGAAGGCUCACGAGCUGUCGGUGCUGUGCGAUGCGGAGGUAGCGCUCAUCGUCUUCUCCGCUCACGGUCGCCUCUUCGAGUUCUGCAGCACCUCCAGCAUGCUCAAGAUAAUUGAAAGGUACCAAAUGUUCAGGAAUAAUGCAGAAUCUGUACCAACAUCAAGUGAAGCUCAGAACAGUUAUCAAGAAUACUUGAAGAUGAAAGCAAGAAUCGAAUAUCUGCAGCAUUCUCAGAGCAAUCUCCUCGGUGAGGAGCUAGGGCCAUUAAGUAUUAACGAGCUCGAGAGACUCGAGAAUCAAAUAGAGGUGUCUAUAAAGCAGAUCAGAUCAAAAAAGAUGCAGCUAAUGCUUGAUCAGCUUUACGAUCUAAAAGACAAGGAACAAGAGUUGCAAAAAGACAACAAAAACCUAAGAAGGAAGCUGCAAGAAGGUGGUUCACAAACUCAGCUCCAACCAUCAUGGCCAGAUGGAGGUAACAGUGCUGCCAAGAAGCCUCCUCGAGCGGAAGGAUUGUUACAGCUACUGGAAUAUGACCCAGCUUUGCAAGUCGGAUCCAGUCAAUCAUGCACAGCCCCGUCGAACGACGGUGAAGGCGCAGCUCGGGAUGACGACGGGCUCAUCCCAAGAUGGCUUUGACGGCUACGUGUCUCGAGAUCACAUCGGCGCACCUGUAGUUAUAGGUUCCUUUCGCCUAUUUCCAAAUCCUGUUUAUGGCUUUAUCUGUCGCUCCCCCCCCCACCCUCCUCCUCCUCCUCUCUCUCUCUCUCUCUCUCUCUCUUUGUUUCUUCGCCCUCGUAUAAAGACCAAUAGAACGAUAAUAAAGAUACCAACGGUAUCGUAGCAACUCAACUCUGUAGCAACUGCAAGAUGAUGUGACUAGUUGAACUGGUUAUUUGUAGCAUGGCGUACUCGGUAAUCGAGUUGAUCUGCACAGAAGCUGAGAACAUAUUUACUGUCAUUUACUUGAGUGUUAUG